AUGAAUUUAUUUGAACAAAUUUUGGUUAAAAUGCAUGAAAGUGAUCGACUUUGUAGAGUAACCCUUUCUUUAAUCCGUACAUUAUUAUCAUUACACUGUGAAGAUUUUCUUUGGUCUACAAUAUUUCGUCAUUUACUUCCCUUCAUUCAAUUAAGACAUCCAAACCAGAGUAGACGGUUUGAUGCAAAUAUUUCGUUAAAUUCGGCAAAUUAUUUUCUUAAAUGUAUUCCUGAAUGUGCUAAAAAUGUUUUGGAGCUCUGUUCGGAAGAACAAUUUGAAACAUAUUUACGAGAAGCAGGCAAAUCAAUUCGUGAUUGUGAAGAAUGUUGCUCUUGUUGGGCAUUAAAAUAUGAUGGAAGUCUGCCAAAAUUGUUGUUGUGUAAUCCACAAAAAUUAAUAAAUUCUGAAGGAGUAAUUGUUACACCUAGACAGGCAUUUACUCGCCAUUCCUCGGCACGUUCUUCUUUUGCCUCAACAGGAUGGAAUCGUUAUGGACAUUCAAACCGUUCAGGUCGAGGGACUUUACUUGAAGGAGAAUUGGAAUCAAACAAUACAAAUUUAAAUAGUUUGGGGGAAGAUGAUGAACAAUUGACUAAUUUAAUUGAACGGUUAGAAGAUGGAAAUGAAGUAAUUAAUAAUUUGUCUUCACAAGAAGAAUUUGGGGAGGCGAGUGUUUUAAAUGAAAACGAAGACAACAGACCCGACUAUUUUCAAUUUAUUUAUGACCGAGUUUCUGAAUCGGAUUUGGAUAGUUUUUCGAGAAGAAAUUCUGAAGAAGAUUCACAAGAAGAAUUUUUGUCUAAUAAAAAACAAAAAAAUAUUUUGGCAACAAAAAUAAACAAUAAUUCAAAUUCUGAUAGUGAAAAAAGACAAUCUAAUUUAUCUAUUAAUUUAAUUAAACAACAACAACCAACACUUUCACCUUUCAUGUCUGCUGUUGUUCAAACAAAUUGGAAUGAGGCUAAAAAUGAUAGAAACAAAUUUAUCAAUUUAUUGAAUUUAUUACCUACUCGUUCUUCAAAUAAUGAAAAUAAAUUGCUAAUUGAAGAUUUAUCUUUAAUUGACGCUCGUUGGCAACAUUUGGAAGAAUUGAGAAUUGAAAAAUUAGUAUUAACACAACAAAUGUCUAAAGAGCCAAAUCCUUUUAGAUUAAAUUUGGAGGGGGAAAGUGGUGGGGAAGAAGUCUUUUUGAAUAUUAAUGGGGGAAUUUUGAUGAAAUCAACUGAGGAAAAAGAAUAA